AAUUUCCAAUUCCCCAUCUUCAUUUUUCAACCUCGAGUCCACACAACACCACACUCACCGAAACAAAGAUAUUCACUCAUUCCCACUUGUCCUAGACUUCACACAAAAAAUAUAUGUAUUUUCGCCCCCAAACAGAAGCGAAACUUCCAGGAAUUUAAUAAGACUUCAUGAGAUAAGAACUAACAAAAAGUUAUAAAAAAAAGAAAAAAAAAGAAAACCAGCGCCGCCAAUAGUGAUUCGCCACGAUUAAGGUUCUGGCGACACACCAUGGCUAUAGCGGAUCACCGCCACCACCACCACCACAAAUCACAGUCUGACACGAAGCUGUUCAGGCUCUGUCCGUUUUGGCAGUCGGGCAAUACGUCGUCGUCUUCAUCUUCCACACAGAAUCUUACUCAUAGUAACAUCGGGAGUCUGAGCGGCCGACACGUGGAGGGGCCGUCCAAUCCAAAGCCGCCACCCAAAACGGUGUCGUCCGUUGCUCGAUCGCUACUCCCACCUCGCCGAAGGCUCCGCCUUGACCCUUCCAGCAACCUCUACUUCCCAAAUGAGCCUGGUAAACAGGUUAAGAGCGCGAUCAGAUUGAAGAACACCAGUAGGUCCCAUGUGGCGUUUAAGUUUCAAACUACGGCACCGAAGAGCUGUUAUAUGCGUCCUCCUGGUGGUAUCCUUGCUCCUGGAGAGAGCAUUAUUGCAACAGUGUUCAAAUUUGUGGAGCAUGUUGAGAACAAUGAAAAGCAAUUGGACUUGAAGAGCAAGAUUAAGUUCAAGAUCAUGAGUCUGAAGGUCAAAGGAGGAAUAGAUUAUGUACCUGAGCUGUUUGAGGAACAAAAGGAUGAAGUAACUGUUGAACGAAUAUUGCGGGUUGUAUUUUUAGAUGUGGAGCGUCAUAGUCCUGCAUUGGAAAAACUGAAGCGUCAAUUAGCUGAAGCUGAGGCUGCUCUUGAAUCACAAACACGCAAGAAACCUCCUGUAGACACAGGACCUCGGGUUGUUGGGGAAGGGCUUGUAAUAGAUGAAUGGAAAGAGCGAAGGGAGAAAUACCUGGCUCGACAGCAGGUUGAAGUGGUAGACUCAGCAUAAUGUGUGAUUUGCUCCAGCUGCAAGUGCUUUUGUCGGGACAAAAAUGUGGUUAUGUUGUAUGUUUCACUACAACUCAUCUAGUAACUGUUGUGGGAAGAUGGAUGGACCUCAGUCGGGAAGUCCAUGUGGAGGAAUAUGAGGAUCAAGAUACCAGAUUUUGGACUGAGCCAUUGUUCUUGUAGAUAAUGGAUUUUGCUUGUAUGAAAAUAAAUGCAUGUAAAUUUUUGUGUCUAGAGUGCCUGAUUUAUGUCAGGCUUUUAGUCUUUGUUUGUUAAGUAGUAUUUUACUCCAUUCAUAAGUAUAAGUUCAUCGGUUUCCUUGGAUGUA